AUGUUUGUCCGAUCACCUCGCAGAUUUGCGAUACUCUCUUUUGUAGCAUUGGUUUUCAUCUUCGCCGUAUUGCAUCAGAGUCCAUGGGCGCAAGACCAGGUUUACGAGCGCAUGCCGCUCUUCAACUCGGGGAGGAGACCACAGGAACAGGAGCUCCUGAACGAAGGCCUGGCUGAGUCGCAACCACAACCCGAAGAUGCAUGGGGUCAUGCCGUGCCUGUCCCUGGCGCGAAGCCCAGCACCACUGAUGCGCAAUUGGCAACUGGCGCAGCACAAGUCAUUCCACCGCCAAUGGAGGCUACGCGCGAGCCUGAGGUCGACGCGACAAAGCCCACAAAGUCCUACCCACCAUGGGUGACGGCGCCAUCGAGGACCGGCUCCUUCAUCCCUCCCACCCCGAAACCGACCAACUGGAAGGAGUACAUAACGAAGAUGCUAGAUUGGCCGCGACCCAGCUGGAACGGUCAUUGGCCGCCUUUUAACGACUACGUCGACAAGAAGUACGACCCCAACCGAUGGGAGCAAUUCGACUUGGACUACCGCAUCUACGAGUCUAGCCAUAACAAGCUCAACGACACGAUUGCCUCUGAUCCAAUCGCAUACAAACCGUUCCCCAAGUACAACACCCCGGACUGGAAGAAGAAAUGGCACGGUGAACAUGUGGCUUGUCUAGGUCCACGAGGCAGAAUGCUCAAUGAGAGCACCGACGAUGAGGUUCAGGUUUAUAAGGGCAUCCCCGAAGACUUCCCUCCGGUGUACGCUGGCGGAUAUGAUGUCAUUGGAUUGGACGAUGAUGUCUGCUUCGACCGAUACUCGCGAUACGGCCCGUACGGUUAUGGCGACGAUGAGUUCCCAGAGGAGGUCAAGGACUGGAAGGCGCCAGAAACAGUCCCAGAAUGGCCUCAAGUAAAUUGGGGUGCGCUCCAGGACGAUUGUCUCGAGCGCAAUAAGGAGCGUUACCGACCAAAGGCUCGAUCGCCAAUCGUGAAGAUUCCCAGCACCGUUCUCCCCGAACCCGCGGUGGCAUCAUCAGCGUUUGCAAUUCCCACAGACACGAGCCGAAGCAACUUGGAGAACCGUGACGAGGGCGAGAAGAAGUACCACCACCGCACCGCCAUCCUCAUCCGUGCUUGGACCGGUUACAACUAUGAGGAGAACGACAUUACUGCUAUUCGCGCGAUGGUCUCUGAGCUCUCUCUUCAAUCCGGCGGUGAAUACCAAGUCUACCUUUACGUCCAUGUAAAGGACAGAGAUGCGCCCAUUUUCGACAGCCAGUAUGAGUAUGACCGCAUCCUAAAAGAGAACGUACCCGAGGAACUACGCGAUAUCGCUAUUCUAUGGUCAGAGUCCAUCUUUCCGAAAUGGUAUCCCAAAGUUAUGGACUGGCAGGUCUACUGGCAACAAUUCAUGUGUCUGCAAUGGUUCAGUCUUACCCAUCCCGAGUUUGAUUAUGUCUGGAACUGGGAAACAGACGCGAGGUACACUGGACAUCAUUACCAUUUCUUCGAGAAGAUUAGCGAGUUUGCGGACAAGCAACCUAGGAAGCUAUUGUGGGAGCGCAACAAACGCUACUAUCUUCCGAGUGUACAUGGCGAUUACCAGUCAUUCGUCGAGCAGACCCACAAAGAUGUCCUAAAUGCAUCCGCAAACUCGCUCAUCCCACCUCCUGUUUGGGGACCGCGCCCAUGGAAACUUGCCAUACCACCACAGAAGCCACUGGGUCCUACACCACCAACGACCAUGGAGGAAGACAACUUUGAAUGGGGUGUUGCUGAGCCUGCAGACUUCAUCACCCUUCUUCCGAUGUGGGAUCCAAGGAACACGACCUGGUCUUACAAGGACAAGAUCUGGAACUACCUGCCACACAUCCGACCAAUCUUCACUCCAGAAGAUGGUCAAGCUGAUUGGUUCACGCAUCCCAUCUUCGAGCAGAUUGAUCGCCGAACUUUCAUCAACACUGUUGUACGGUUCAGUAAGAAGAUGCUACAGGCUAUGCACGAGGAGAACUUGGUUGGACGCAGCAUGCAAGCCGAGAUGUGGCCCUCCACAGUCGCACUCCAACAGGGUCUCAAGGCGGUGUAUGCCCCUCACCCAAUCUUCAACGACCGCCACUGGCCCGCUGCUUACACUGAAGCCAUCUUCGAUACCGCAUCGACCGUAGACGAGGAUACAGGCGAAGCAUUGGAACCUCGCCAGGGCGCCUGGACCGAAGAAGCUGACUCGCCAUACAACCAUGACCGUGAGUUCAACUUCCAAGGCUGGAGUUGGUAUUACGCAUCGCGCUUCCCUCGCAACCUAUACCGGAGAUGGCUCAACUGGCCUAUCGUGCAGCAAAAUUGGGGAGAGUCAGAAAAGAUCGAUGGUGGACCAGGCUCUGACGGCGAGCUGGAACAGAAGAGAAUGUGCAUACCGGGUAUGCUACUUCAUCCCGUAAAGAGGAUGGCCAAGUACAAGGAAAAGCCUUGA